CCUGAACCUGUGAGGGAUCCACUGCGCCAACAAGGCUCAUGUGGUACCCCCAAAUCCAUCACUUAACUAAGGAUCAUGAUCGCUUGCCAAUGUACUGUGGCGGGGGCUCUGUACUCAGACGUGUUGCGCACUUCAGAGGAUGGGAGCGAGCAUUCAGCAAGCAUCCCUUCCCCACCCGACCUUCAACUUGACACCCUCGUGUCAAGACACAUAUUCAGGCAAGCAAGGAAGAAGAGACGGCAACAAUGCACAAACGUUGCACAUUCAUGCUUUCAGGGACCUUCAGCAUGACCUCUCCCGGGUGCAGUCCUAUCCAACGAAGCUGCCUACAUCUGCCGUUACACCACAGAAGCUGGAGCUGAGGCGGCGACUCGUCCAGCAGCACACAAAGCCGCCCCCGAAGCUCAGAUCACGACCGGCCAACCCCACGGCUGCUGACAGCCGACGACCGCAAGACAAGGGAGGGGGAGUCGUCAGCGAGCAUGGGUCCAAGGCUCGGGGAGUCAAUAAGAGAGACAAGGCGAUUGACAGCCCCCCAUCGCCGCCCCAGCAUGUACGGCCUGGGCGUGCCGACGGUCCUCUCAAGGGGGCUGGUGACGGCGAUGUGUUCGCGAGCGUGGUCAAGAGACUCAGACUCGUGGAAAAAGAAAAUGCCGAACUGAAGACAAGGCUGGCGGACAAGGUGUGGAUGAGAACCGUCAAUUUUGCUUGUGGUCAACCCUUCUUGCAUGGUGCAGGAGAAGGACCUCGCGGCGAUGUGCGAGAGGGAGCGAUUCCGUGAAGACAUGUUUGACGGUUCCGUAGCAACCGAUGCAAAUGUUGAGAGGGAUGAUGGCGGUGCGGUCCGUUUGGCGUACAAGUAUUUGGAAGAGAAGAAACAGCUGAAGAAUGAGGUACACAGGUGAGGGACGCCUCCGUUCCCGGACUAUGGGACACCCAACCAUCUCUCUGAUGUGCAGCUGGCAAUUAUGCGCAAGUACUUGGCAUCCUAUGGAGUGACAUGGAAUGAAGGCGGGCGAGACACCGAUCUAAGGGCAGCAGAUGAGCUGUCCAUCGCCAGCCUUGGGUAUCAGGGGGAGUUUGAUGCUGAAAGGGCGCUGCAGGACCUCAAACAGACCGAACGUGAAGGAAGAGACCAAAGGUGAGACGAUACUCGCUCCUUUCGGGGAACAAGCGGUGGAUACUGCAUGCUGUCUCAAUCAUUUGCUGCUCCUCUCAGGUUCCGUCCUCCUUCGUUGUUGGAUAAGGGCCACCCCGUUCAGCGUCAUCGGCGUCUCCACCUGAACCGAUGCGUCUCCAACCCUCCGGAAAACAGCGACACGCCCGCCCCCGCUGCACCCUUCCCCCCGCCCCUGUCUGCACGGGGGCCUAGGGAGAAACCUCACGCACCGCCAUCAUACAUGGGCGGCAAACGGUGGUAUCCGCCAAGACAUAUCGGCCCCCUGCAGCCACUGGAUAACGAGGGUGCUGCUGCUGCUGGAGUUUCGGAUGUGCUGCUAUCACCAAUUCAUGAGGAGCGCUCAUCGGCUCACGAGCAUGCGCUGGUCGACUUCAACAGAAUACAGCGGGCGGUGGCUGAGCUCAACCUCAUGGCCGGUGGGUGCGUCAGCGCUUGCAAUGAGAGCUGGCUGUCGGUCUCCCCACUGACGUGUCUCCUUUGUAUGCAGGCGAGGAUGAGCCAGCAGAUGCAGCAGACGAUAGAGAAGAAUCCGAUCUCUUUGUGCAGUCCUACGGCAUCAUGCGUCUCCGCCACUCACCCAAGCCUGCUGCUGCUGGCCCCUCACUUCCUCUCAUCUUCUACUCGAAUGGUCUUCAUCUGGAUCCUUUGCACCGGCCGUUCUACCCGUAUUCCCAUCCGCAGAGUCAGCAGAUCCUGCGAGACAUACUGGAGGGCUACUUCCCAUCUGUGCUGCAGCAGACGUAUCCUGAAGGAGGUGAGGACGCCACCAAGAACCUCACGACACAAUACGCAGACGUACGUCGCAUGACAUAUCCUUCACGCCCAUCUUGUGUAUCAGUUGCCCUUGCUCCCAUAGACAAGACGCUGACAGAGUACCGCCCCGACGCUUCUGCAGUCACUGCGAACUUGCGCGACACGGCCGGCUCGCGAGUGUGUUAUGGUGAUCAAUGGCGCAGGUUCCCUGAGGUAGCCCCACUCAUCGAGCGUCAGCAGCAGCCGCACAUCGACCAGGGACUCAGACGAGUCACUAACAAAUCCAACAAGGUAAUUUGCUCACAGAAACAGGAGAGUUUUAAACUUGGCGCGUACGCUUUGCUCUUCAGGAUCAAUUUCUGCAGCGGCUACCGAAGCGUGUCAUACGAGGGGGUAAGCAACCUAAGAAAAUCGAGCCAUCUUCGUUUUGUGUGUCCGUGUCUGCACGUGUUGGAUGGAUGGAUGGAUCGAUGCAUGGCGUGUAUGCAGGGGUGAUAGUGGAAGUGCGUUCUGAGAUAGCUCGGCAGCUGGACCACCAGCCCCUGCCCAACAUUCUCCAUCACACGCCGAGGCAAGGCAGCCAGCAGCAGAGGAGAGAACAGUGCGCACGGGCCGCAGACGCGCGGAUUGGGAGUGGUGCUGUCGCUCCUGACACGGAUAGCGAAAGGCAACGCAGGCUGCGCAUCCAAAAGGAGCCGAGAAGGACCCCUGCCCAUCAUGGGCUGAGGAAUGGUGUACGGCUGCGUGUGCAGUGCAGGGGCUGGGACGAAAUUCCGCCGACAACAGCGCCGCUGGAGAUCGAAUAUGAUGUAAGGAUGUGUCAGUGUAUGUCUCCGGCCUGUGUGUGAUGGAUGUGUGUUCUGCAUGCAGUCAGCGUCUUGGUCUAGAGCCACCAUCGAGGAGCUUAUCAGCGCCGUCCUUGACAACCGGUGAGUAACCGAGGGAUGCUCAGCAACUCACACAGUGAGGAAUGACUAUUGUGAUGUUGCUCAGGUGCGAUUGGGUGAGACAGGGCUCAUCGGCCUGUGAUUUGGUGUUCCCAUCUGUGAGGCCGCCCCACGUCGUCUCACGCAUCACACUCGCAAGAGACGCGGGUGGAGACACAUCGACAGUGGCGAGCGGUCAAUGGAAAUUGCUUUCUUCGAUCCUACAAGGUGCGGUGCGUGUGACAUACACACGCACAUCCGCACGCGCAUGGAUACACCAUGGCCCGCGUACGUAUCGUGCGUGUGCUCUUGUGGUGUGCUGCAGAUGCACGGGGGUCGUAUGCGGUGUACUUCAGCCUCUUCUGACUGACCAGCUAAUUAUUUAGCUAGCCAGCAGAAUGAUGUGACAUCAAAUGUCUGAGCGACAGACACGUCAUUAAGGACUAACGGUGUCAUUGAUGGGUGUGUCUCCGUGCCCUGAAGACAUGGCCUAUUCACCGUCUUCCACACACAGCCAACCACAGUGGAGAUGCAUCAAAAUUUGAGACAGACAGCAUCCACCAACCGAGGGUCGUCAUCACUCCCGCCCUUUAUGCUCCAAGCCCCUCUCCCGUGUCCCACCCUUGACCUCUCAGCCUCUACUGAUGGCCCCAUCCUCUUUUGCACCC